AUGUGGUUAGAUCAUCGUUCUCUGUUCCUCGAGGAAAUGUUGCGCCUUGAGGGCAGAGGGGGGCUCCGCGAAGCGCCUUGUUCUAGUUGUGGCAAUGCUUGCCCUCAGUAUCGAUGCCAAGAUUGCUUCGGAGUAGAUCUCUGCUGUUCAUCUUGCAUCACGGUGGCUCAUCAACGUCAUCCGUUGCACAGGUUGCAGAAAUGGAACAGCAACUAUUUCGAACGUGUGACCCUCAAGAGCCUCGGCCUCCGUAUUCAAUUGGGUCACGCGCUCAACGAGAAGUGCCCAAACCCCCGACGAGCUUUCAACGACGACUUCGUUGUCAUCGAUUCCUAUGGCAUCCACGAGGUGUUAGUAGAUUUCUGUGCCUGUGCGAAGGGAGAUUCUCAUAUACAGCAAUUACUCCGUAUGUCGUGGUUUCCUUCAACGACGGCCGACCCCAAAACCGCAGCAACCUUUCGCGUUCUGGAUGAAUUCCACUUGCUGUCUUUCGAGUCGAAGGUGUCCGCUUACGAAUUUUAUAGUGCUCUUAUGUGGGGCACUGAUAACACUGGCUUGACGCGCGUUAAGGACCGAUAUGAAUCUUUUAUGAGAAUGAUCCACGAAUGGCGGCAUCUGCUGAUGCUUAAACGUUUUGGGAGAGGGCAUGACCCGAAAGGGGUGAAAGCCACGGGAGAGGGUGAGUGUGCGGUCUUGUGCCCAGCAUGCCCGCACCCGGGUAAAAAUUUGCCCGAGGACUGGGAGAAUGUUCCCCUUGCAAAACGUUGGAUAUACGCGUUAUUCAUCGCUAUCGAUGCAAACUUUCGUCUCAAACGCAAAGUGGUGUCAACUAAUACCGUGGACCCGGGAUUAAGUCGCGGAUGGGCGUACUUUGUAGAGGAGGAUACAUACAAGCAAUUUCUCGAAGAUAAAAUGGACGUCCCCCAAGAGAAAUCUACGUGCUCCAGCCACAACGCGGUAAAUAUGGCUGAUGCGAAGACUAAUAGGGGGCUAGCUGCUACCGGGCUUGGCACGAUCGACUGUGCCCGUCACAACAUGAAGCGUCCGAAUGCCGUUGGAGAUUUGCAAAAGGGAGAGAAAUACGUCAAUAUGGACUACCUCUUUUUUUCAACGCUCCGUCACAGCUCCUUACAAAAUCUCAACAUUUCGUACGACAUUGCCUGUCAAUGGCACAAGAAGCUCUGGCAACGUAUGAAGGGGUUUCCGCUUUCAAUGCACUUCAAUUUCGUAUCGAGGGCCGUCUCCUUCUUCGUCCCGAAAUUCCAUCUCCCUGCCCACAUUGAGAAAUGUCAAACGACAUUCUCAUUCAAUUUCAAGCGUGGCGUUGGUCGAACCGAUGGCGAAGCUCCGGAGCGCGGGUGGGCUAACAUUAAUCCCGUCGCAUCCAGUACGAAGGAGAUGGGGCCCGGCGCAAGGCGUGAUACAUUGGACGAUUUCUUUGGCGAUUCGAACUGGAAGAAAAUUGUGGGCCUUGGUACUACAAUGCUACAUAAAAUGAAGGAGGCCUUACCUGAGCGCGCGAAUCAGCAAGCUGCACUAAACAACUUGGAAGAAGGAUUAAAGGAUGAGUACGGGGAUAUUCUGAAUCAAUGGAGGUUGCAAGUAGAGGCAUGGGAGGAUGACCAGUCUCAGCCAAACCCUUUUGAGCGAAAUGCAGAUGUCGUUACGCUGGCUUCGGUCCGGCUAGCACUCGCAAAGGAAGAAGAAUCAGAUCUUCAGAGUGGAGCGUCCCUCGCAUUGCACGAGGACUGUUCUCUGAGUGUGUUGAUUAGCUCAGGGCUGGAGCUUGAAGAACAACAGCGACGUUUGAGAGUCGACAAGAGCGGGUGUGGUAUACACGUCACUGAUAAUCAACAAGGGAAGUUGCUUGAGCGGAGUAACACUUUGCAACGACGGAUUGAUGCCUGGUCAAAAAUUCAAGAAUUGUAUAUGCCCAACGUCGUUGCUAUGCGUCUAGUGUUGCCGUGGGUCCGGCUUCUGUCCGGCUUUAGCUGUGGGCGGAGCUGUAAUUAG